CUUUUUUCUUCUGUGGUGAAGUCGUUAGGGAUACAGCGUAACUGAGGCGCAUCUCUAGCCAAAUAAAGCUGAAACAAAUUUAGCUAAGGAUUGAUCUCAACAUUUCUAUAGAGCUGCUGCCAGAAUGGACCUGCUGCCUGACAUAUGGAAGCAGGACUAUUGGCUUCCUCCAGGUGUGACCUGGAGAGACGUGGAACAGCUGGCAGACUCUGACAGACCACGACCCCUUGACCUUCUCAUAGCUCUGCCCCUCGCGCUGGGCUUUGUUGCCCUACGCUACUUGUUUGAGAGGUUUUUUGCUCCACCCAUGGGCAGAUGUUUGGGGGUGAAGAAUAGGCAACAAGUGACUGCUGCCAAUUCCCCAAAGCUAGAGGCGUUUUACACCCAGAGGAGCAGACAGCCGACACAGAGUGAAAUUGUUAGUUUGACGGCGCUGUGUUGCAAAACCCAGAGGCAGAUUGAGACGUGGUUCAGACUUCGCAGGAACCAGGACAGGCCCUGUCAAACCAAGAAGUUUGGUGAAGCUGCCUGGAGGUUCUUUUUCUACCUCGCAGCCUUCAUGGCUGGACUGGCCUGUUUGAUUGAUAGACCGUGGUUCUGGGACCGAAGGGAAUGUUGGAAGCAAUAUCCAGUUCAGUCCAUGGAGAGAGCUCAUUACUGGUACUACAUGCUAGAGUUGGGGUUUUAUGGCUCUUUGCUCCUCCGGAUCUCUGUGGACAUCAAGAGGAAGGAUUUUAAAGAACAGGUGAUCCACCAUCUGGCCACCAUCUUCCUGCUCAGCUUCUCCUACUGUGCCAACUACAUUCGCAUCGGCACCUUGGUCAUGCUGCUUCAUGACUCCUCUGACAUCCUGCUCGAGUCUGCCAAGAUGUUCAACUACGGCACUGGCUGGAGGAAAACUUGUGACACGCUGUUCGUUGUGUUUACUGUGGCCUUCCUUGUGACUCGGCUGGUGAUAUUCCCCAGCAAGAUCAUACAUACCACCCUGGUACUGUCGAUGGAGGUGUUUGAACCUUUUGCCGGUUACUACUUUUUCAACGUCCUGCUGAUGGUGCUGCAGGCUCUUCACAUCUUCUGGGCUGGCUUAAUCUUACGCAUGGUUUAUAAAUUCCUGAAAGGCAAACUGGAAAAAGAUGAGCGCAGUGAUGAAGAGAGCGAGGUUGAAGAGGAAGAGGACAAUAAAGGAGAAAAGGAAAAUGUGGAUCAAGGAGGAGAUUGUUGUUGGGAGAAAAGUAAAAACACCCUGAACUCCCAACUGUCUAUGCUGACCAACAGUUGUGUCCUAAAUAACUUGACCAACCACAGGGCAUCUGUAGCCGACAGGAUGCGUAAAGCUCAGUAAAGUCUUGAUGAUUCAUUUUUACAAGUCCCAGUUCUUGUAUGCCAGAAUUAAAACAGCCGUGGUUUGCAUAUUGAGGGAUCUGAUCCUUGACUAUCUUCAUUACAAUUCCUGUAUGCUGAUGCCACCGUGUCUCACUUUUAUGCAGAGUAGAAUUAUACAAGUGAAGUGGUGGGGGGUUCAUCAUUAGUCUUUGUAAAAAUACACUGAUAGCAGAGGAUAGUUUCGAUCUACCGACCUCUGGGUUAUGGGCCCAGCACGCUUCCGCUGCGCCACUCUGCUACACACUCAACAUGGGACUCAAACCCUCAAUCCCUGGCUUAGCAGGCCUUAUCUAUUAGGCCACUGGGGCAGUUCGAGGAGUUCUAUUGUUCACUGAGAGUAACACAGUAUAGUAUAUACACACGCAGUAUGCACAAUAAUCAUUAAUGAGUCCCUUUUCUAUGGACAGGGAUGGUAGUCUGUGUGUGAAGUAAAAUCAGAGUCAUGAAAGUGUUCAGUCCAUGCCUGAUGGAUGUUUUUCUUACUCAUAGCCUACGCUGCUGUUUACACUGUUUGUAAUACAACAAGUUCACAAAGCACUAGUUUUUAAACACAGUUUUUCAUUUUAAUUUAAAUGUAAAGAGUUUGUGCUCUACAGCAACUCAAAAGAGAUGUAAACUUAGAUAGCUGAUGUAAGACCCAGUAUAGGCAGUAGUGGUUGUUUAGUGGCGUAAAAUAAUACAUUUGUUACACAACAUGCAGUAGAUAUUUUAAAUCAUAAAAUAAAGUCAUACUUUACUUACUUUUACUCUUUCCAGUAUUUCUCUUGGGAUGAUUUAAGACAUUAACAUAGUUUUUAUAUGUUUUUAUCUUGUUCAGUCCAUGUACAUCAUUAGACAGGUUCUUUAAGUGUUUACUUAACUUUUACUUUUUUACAGUUUACAGCAAAAAAGAUAAUCUGUUAUAAAUGCAACCUUUUGUAUUUCAAAAGCUAUAUUUUAUUUAUUGUUUUAGAAUAAUAACUCUUUUUGUGCCUCACUGUUAAACGGUUUAUAUUAUAUUGAUACUGCUAACCUGUUUUGUUUUUUUAAAUGCAUCUGCAUAUAUUGUAUAUAUUUUGGAU